AUGCAUUGCAAAGAAGCAGACCGCAAAAAGACUGAGUCUUACAACGUCGACGAGAGCGCGAUCGACGACGAUGACGACUCGCCCGACUGUAAGGACUCGAACGAGAAGAGUGGCAAGCUGAAAAGCAACGAUAAGACGACACCCAGCCACACAGUCAUCCGCGGCUUCUCCAUUCCGAAACCGACCUCGACACCCCCAGCGAAGCCUAUGCAGGCCGAGAAGCAGCAGCCCAAGUUUGCACUGUGUGGCUCGCCUUCCUGCGGCGAUUCUCUGAGCGGCAUGAAGAGGCAGGCUUCUUUCAGCAGCCAGUUCGUUACGAGAGAGGCCGACGAUGUCGACGAGAGUGCGAUCGACGGCGAUGACGACUCGCCCUACUGGGAGGACUCGAACGACGAGGGUGGCAAGUCGAGCAUCGACGAGAAGACCUUCCAACGCGUCGACUCCAAGGUGAACCUAACUUCGAGGCGGUCGCUUAUCACUCUGAUGCUGGAACGCAACGACCGCCAGGUGAAGCUGGGCAACGGCGCCUCGCAGUCGACGUCGGCCAUCCACCAGGGCCGGCCACAGCUCCAGGGGCCUUCCUUCGUGGCGUCGCCAAACGACUCGGAUGACAGCCCUCCAAUCAUGAAAAAGGGCAGUCUAGCCGCGCACCUCAAACCUGUCAACAAGAUUCCGAGGUUGCCCAUUCCGACCCCGGCCCAUAACACCCACCACCAAGAAGUGCACUCCCCCAAGACGGUGAGGCGCAACAUGAUUUCCACAGAGCUGACGGAGAGUCUCCGACGGAACCUCGUCUUGGAGCGGUCACAGAAGUCGUCGACGGUCAACGCGGUCCUUGAGCGCCGCCACACCUCGCACGACACCGUCGACAUUAGCAGAGAAGCCCAGUAUUUCGGCCAUGAUAGCGAUUCCAAGGUCUGGUAA